UUGGCCUCGUGUGAGUGCUGUUUUCAGGAGGACGUGACCAAGCAGUGGCUGGUGAAGAAGCAGCGGAGCCAGAGGAUCGACACGGUCCGGUACAUCCCCCACAGCGUGUGGAACUGGAUCUGCGAUGCAGCAGAGGAGGUGAUCCUGGACCCGGCCAGCGCCAACCCUGACCUGCUGCUGUCCGCUGACGGCCGGCGGCUGCGCUGCGGCCUGGAGCGCCGGCCCGCCCCCCCCAGCCCGCUGCGCUUCGACGGCUGGUGGUGCGCCGUGGGCCAGGGGGGGUUCUCCUCCGGCCGCCACUACUGGGAGGUGGAGGUGGGCGAGCGGGACUGGAGAGUGGGCGUGGCCAAGGCGUCCGCCGUCCGGCAGGGCUUCCGCUCUCUGAACACAGAGACGGGCUACCUGACCCUCCGGCUGGAGCGGGGCACCGACCUGAAGGCCCUGACCGUGCCCCCCACGCCGCUGCCCCACGGCCUGCUGCCCCGGAAGGUGGGGGUGUACCUGGACUACGAGGAGGGCCAGCUGUCCUUCUACGACGUGGAGAAGCGGGCGCACCUGUACACCUACAACGAGAACUUCACAGAGGAGCUGUUCCCGCUGUUCGGGACCGUGGAGGUGGUCAGCGACCUGCUGAUCCGGCCGGCCGGCACCAGGCAGCCCUGCCUCUGCCCCGGGCCCUGCCUGUGGAACUGA